AUGCCAAUGCGUGAAGAUUACCCCCGCUACCCACGGGACGUCAGGGAGAAGCAAAUUGUUUCCCGGCCGGCACGUGAAAGAAGAUUGGCAGAAUUGCACCUCACCGCCUUCCCAAAUGUCUUGAAUGAGAGCGCAAUGGCGGCACCCGACACUGAACAUCCACUGAAGGAAAAGAAGAAGGGGAAGAAGAACGAUGAAAUGAAUGCCGCAAAAGUGGUGAUGGAGGAGAGGGCAGUUGCACCCAUGACAACCAACCAGCUCUUGGCACGCAUGGUGGAGAUGGCGUGGGAGGAGAAACACAAAAAUGCGGCAUCCGGCGAGAAGCAGUCGCUGACAGCUCCCGACGGACGCUUCAGGCCCCACAAUGUCUCCUUCGAUCGCAGCUCGACAUACCGCCUGGAUUACUGCAACAAGGAAGUGCCUGGCUUCCAUGAGCGAGUGCGUGUUAUUCCGGAUUACACAAAAGAUUGGACCGAAACAGACAAGUCAAACAUUGAAAAUGCAAAAAAGCUCCCCUACCUGACGAUGCCCGAAAGUUUGCUUAAGAAGCGUCCGACCGUAUACCGACAUGAUUACACCCCAAGCGCGGGCAGAGAUGACUACCGGACUCUCCCGUACAAUACAAACCUGCAGGACCUCAGCACCUCCUAUGCGUACUCUGCCUACUCUCCGGAGGACCCUGCACGUGUGAUAAAGUACGACAAGGCGGUCGCCUCCUGCCGUAGCCCUCGUUGUGUGUUGUGGAAAACAUUCAGUCCGCGGGGGUCUUUCAUGGUCAAAAGGCACACAGAAUCGACUGCCGAGGAGUUACAACGAUUGCGAGAGCUUCGGCGUCUUCAAUUGUCGAAGUCAAGCGAUAGUAGCACCUCGCCAAGGAAAAGCCCAACGGAAGUUUCAACUUUGACGAAGAGGACGAUUGUUAUACCAGGGAUGCGAGGAAUGGGUUAUCGUCAGGCACCAAAAGAAGGUAAGGACUACAUUUAUCUUCCUCGGGAUCACUUCUGCCAUCAGGUGGUCUAUGACUACUAA